CACCGUAAAGCCUUAUGGGUAGGUUACGAACGUCCUUGUCCUACCAAGCUCACACCGACUGCUUCACGCAAGGGCUUGAAGAUCUCUGUCAUUCACUUGAACUUGAAUAAAACCACAUUUUCAGACAUAAUGGCAGCAAGAUUUCUCCGCCGUUCUCUCCCCAUGCUGAGGCAAACUCGCUCCUACGCCGAAGCCGUCUCCAGUGGCCCGCAGAUGUCCUUCACUUUCGCCACCCCGACACAGGUGUUUUUCAAAGACGCCAGCGUGAAACAGGUUGACGUGCCCACGCUCAAUGGUGUGUUCGGUAUCCUUCCUGCCCACGUACCCACCCUGCAGGUGCUCAAGCCCGGUGUUGUCACAAUCUUCAGUGAUGACGCCACCCCUGCCAAAUACUUUGUGAGCAGUGGGUCAGUAACAGUCAACGCUGAUUCUACAGUGCAACUGCUAGUGGAGGAGUGUGCUGCUUUGGACCAGCUGGACGUUGUUGCUGCCAAGGCCAACCUGGAGACGGCCCGAUCUGAAAUGGUCGGCGUAUCUGAUGAGGCAGCGAGGGCAGCCAUUCAGAUCAGCAUAGAGGCCAACGAGGCCUUGGUCAAGGCCCUGGAGUAGACCUGUGGUAAUCUUUCUUUGAUGGAAAUGAUUGGUCCAUCUGUGUUUCCAGCUCCGUCACGUCAGUGUCCAGAAGAUUACAUGCUUGCUUUGUACAGUGGAUAAAAUUACAAAAUAAAUUUAUUAGGAAAUAUCUA